UCUAAUUGUCUUUCAUUAAGGAUUAGAAUAAGAAAAAUAGUAAUUACAAAAAUAAUAAACAAAGACUCCAAAGAAAUUAAAGAAGUCAUUGGUGAAACUUUUCUCUCUAGUUUCAAUUGGUCACAGAAGUCUUUGAUGGUUGAAUUUUUUAUUCAAUUGAAGUAAAGUUGUUGGAUCUUGAAACUUCAUAUUUCCUUGUUAUCUUUUCUUCUUCUGUGUUGCUGCCUUACUUUACUCUUACAACUCUCUCCUCAAACAGUUUCCAUUGAAGCAAUCAAGCGUCGUCUUCUAUCAUUAUCUCCACAUCUUCCAGCUAGCUAAACUACCAAAUCCUUUGUUUGAUUCUGCCUUAUUGCUUUUCUUUUUAUAACUCAACAAAAAAAUUUUGGGAAAAAGAAAAAAAAAACUGAUCGACGCAGUUGGUGAAGUAAAAAAGUCUAUACAGCUUUUGAAGAUCCAUCCCAAGCGAGGUUGGUCCUUAAUUUUCCUUUCCUAAUGAUAUCUGGAGUUGGUGAUGUAAAACGUCCACAUAUCUCAAUAUAGAAGCCCAUUCCAAGUUAGAAUUUUCAAUUUCCAAGUUGAUCCAUCAACAAUUGUUUUUGUUUGUUACUGUAAUGGAUUAAAGCGUCUUUGAUUUUUCCAAAGAAAUGGGUGAGCUUGAGGUUCAAUCGGUCACAAAGAUUUCAAGCACAACUUAUCAAUAAUUGUAGAUAAUUGAAACUCCUUGUUCAUUUGAAAUAAAGUUGGAUUCUAUUUCAGUUUUCUUUGAACGAAAAAAAAAAUCUGCGUGGAUCCUGAAAAUUCAUGUUUUGUAGGUUGGUCCUUAAUUCUCCUUUCCCAAUGAUCUCUGGAGUUGGUGAUGUUAAAAGUUCACACAGCUUAAUUUAGAAGAUCCAUCCCCAAUUAGUCGUCAAACAGUUCCAUUGAAGCAAACCAUCGUCUUCUAUCAUCCCCACAUCUUGGGGCUAGCUACAGCACCAGACACUUCGUUUCAUUUCUGCAUUGCUCUUCUUUCUAUAACUCAACCAAAAAAAAUUAGGCUGGUCCUUGAAUUUCCUUCACUGAUCUAUGGAGUUGGUGAAGUAAAAAGUCCAUAUAGCUCUUGAAGAUCCAUCCCAAGUGAGAAUUUUGAAUUUCCAAGUUAAUCCAUCAACAAUUGUUUCUGUUUGUUGCUGUAAUGGAUUAGAGCAAGUCUAUGAUUUUCUCAAAGAAAGGGGUGAGCUUGAGGUUGGUACUUAAUUCUCCUUUUCUAAUGGUCUCGGGAGUUGGUGAUGUAAAAAGUUCUCACAGCUUAAUUUAGAAGGUCCAUUUCCAAGAAGUCGUCAAACAGUUUCCAUUCAAGCAAAGCAUCGUCUUCUAUCAUCCCCAUAUCUUGGGGCUAGCUACAGCGCCAGACACUUUGUUUCAUUUCCGCAUUGCUCUUCUUUCUAUAACUCAACCAAAAAAAACUAGGCUGGUCCUUGAAUUUCCUUCACUGAUCUACGGAGUUGGUGACGUAAAAAGUCCAUAUAGCUCUUGAAGAUCCAUCCCAAGUGAGAAUUUUCAAUUCCAAAGUAGAUCCAUCAACAAUUGUUUCUGUUUGUUAAAGUAAUGGAUUAGAGCAAGUCUAUGAUUUUCUCAAAGAAAUGGGUGAGCUUGAGGUUGGUCCUUAAUUCUCCUUUCCAAGGGUCUCUCGAGUUGGUGAUGUAAAAAGUUCUCACAGCUUAAUUUAUAAGGUCCAUUUGCGAUAAGAAUUUUCAAUUUCCAAGUUGAUCCAUUAACUAUUCGUUCUCUUCUACUUCACAAUUGGCUCCCAAUGUAAUUAAGAUCCUCAAGGAAUGGCAGCUGAAUGUGCUACCUCUGUUUGUACCAAUUGUGUAGGAAACCUCACAACAGAAUAUGCAUCACCUUAUGUUAGUUACUUUUUCCGAUUUGGGAAAAUUGUUGAAGAAUUCAAGAAUCGGAGAAAAGAACUUGAAUUGAAAAGUGAUCGGGUAAAAAAUGAUGUUGAUGAGGCUACAAGGCAAACUGAGGUAAUUGAGAAGGACGUUCAAGACUGGCUACAAAGAGCUGGGAAAGAAUUGGCAGAAACCCAGAGUUUGGAAGUUGAAAUAGAUCGUAAGAGGUGUUUCAAUUGGUGUCCUAGUUGGGGUUGGCGAUAUUGCCUAAGUAUGAAAGUGGCAAAGAAGACGAUCUCUAUCAAUAAACUUCUUGAGAAUAACUUUUCACGGGUGGGCCGCCGUGCUCCUCUAGAAGGAAUAGAAUUCCUCCCCUCUAAAGAUUUCAUGCCUAAUGAGUCUUCAAAUUUUACUUUCAAUGAGAUCAUCAAGGCUCUAAAUACUGAUGGUGUGAACAUGAUUGGACUGUAUGGAAUGCCAGGGGUGGGCAAAACAACUUUGGCAAAAGAAGUUGGGAAGCAUGCUAAAGAACAAAAGCUCUUUGACAAAGUUGUGAUGGCUACAAUGUCCCAAACGCCAAACAUCAACAAAAUUCAAGAUAAACUUGCAGAAUUAUUAGGUUUGAAAUUUGAAGCAAGCACGGAAGAAGGAAAAGCAGAAGAGUUAUGGAGGGGACUGAAAGGCGUGAGCAAGAUCCUCAUAAUUCUUGAUGAUGUUUGGAAUGAAUUUAAAUUGCAGACUGUAGGUAUUCCAUUCGGUGUUCAACACGAGGGUUGCAAAAUUCUUCUGACCACACGUCUUGAACUAGUCUGUGUUCGUUUGAAUUGUCGACAGAAAUUUCAACUUCAUAUCUUAUCCAAAGAUGAAGCAUGGGCUUUGUUCAAAGAUAAUGCUGGUCUAAAAGAUGUUUCUUCGGCAUUGAAUGAUGUAGCCAAGGAGGUUGCUUGUGAAUGCAAUGGUUUGCCUCUUGCAAUUGUAACAAUCGGAAAAGCUCUAAAAGGUGCAAAUCUAGAUGGGUGGAAAGCAGCAAAUAAGCGACUCAAGGACUCAAGAUAUUUAGACAAUGAAGAGGUUUCUCAAGGUAUCUACAACUGCCUUAAGCUGAGUUAUGAUUAUUUGAAGGGAGAUAAUAUUCGGUCAUGUUUCCUAUUGUGUUCCCUUUUUCCAGAAGAUUGGAAUAUUGAUAUUGAGUUGUUGAUUAUUUUUGGAAUUGGUUAUGGAUUAUUUUCUGAUAUUUACUUAAUUGAAGACUUGCGCAGGGAAAUUCGUGUAGCUCUAAGAAAUCUCCAAGAGUCUGGGUUGUUAUUGAGAACUGAUGAUGAUGAAAAAUAUGUAAGAAUGCAUGACGUGGCUCGUGAUUUUGCUCAUUGGAUAACGUCUAGAGAGAAAGAUAUAUUCAUGGUAAAAGAGAGUUCAACGGAAUGGCCAAUAAGUCAAAGUUUUGGAUGCCAUACAGCAAUCUCCUUUUGGGACAGCGACAUAAAUAUUUUUCCUGAAAAAUUGGAAUUUCCAAAGCUCAAAAUUUUGAUUUUUACAGGAAAGACUUUAGUGAAAGUUCCAGUUGCAUUUGUUAAAGGAAUGAAAGCCGUUCAAGCUUUAUAUUUGAGAAAUGAUUUCUCACUGGAAGUACUUAAAUUCAUAGCAAAUCUUCGGACUCUUUGCUUUAAAGAUUGCGAGCUCGAAAGCAUCUCAUCAUUGAGAAAUACAGAAAAUCUUGAGAUUCUUGCAUUUUCUGAUACUAAUAUUUAUGAGCUACCUGAGGAAUUAGUAGCAUUAUGUGAACUAAAAUCGUUUCAUUUUUCUCACUCUGGAAGCAAACAGAUCAAUUUUCAUCCUAACUUGCUGUCAAGGUUGACAUCACUCCAAGAGCUACACGUGACAUGUGAAAACAAUAUUGACUUAUCGGAGCUGAAUUCAUUGUCUCGUUUAACUACACUGUCACUAAGAGUUUCUACUGCUCAAUGUUUUCCAGAAAACUUUGUGUUCCCUAAACUACAAAGCUACAUUAUAGCUGUAAAUGAAGAUCUUCGAUUUAUGCAGGGGCUAAACUUUAGAACCUUGGAAAUUACUAAAUUUUCAUCUUCAUUAAGUGCAUUCAAGAAGUUGUUUUGCAAUGUGGAAAAGUUGGCUCUGGAGAAUGUUGUGGGACACAAAAAUAUUGUCCCAAACGUAGAUCCAAAGGGCCUAAAUGAAUUAAUUUCUCUUCAGCUUAAAGAUUGCGAUGAUAUGGAAUGCUUGAUGGAUACAACAGGAGAGAAGGGACCAACCACUGCAUUCUCUAAUUUGGUGAAAUUAAGCAUGAAGGAAAUGACUUGUUUGAAAGAGUUGUGCCAUGGUUCGCCUCCGAUUAGCUUCUUACAAAAGUUAAAAGAUGUGACCAUUGACUAUUGUAAGCGGUUGAAAGUGGUAUUUGAAAUGGAUGAACUUCUUGGAAAGGAAGAAAUUAGUCAGAUACCGUUACUCUCAAAUUUAACAAGUUUGGAUCUAUAUUCUUUACCAGAAUUGGAGAUUAUAUGGAAAUUACAAUUAGCCCAUCAAUAUCAUGUAAGCCUCCAAAGUCUAAAGGUUGUAAACAUUUGGGAGUGCGGUGAAUUGAAAUCCAUCUUCCCGCCUUGCCUUGGUCAAAGUUUGUUGCACCUACAAGAACUCGAUAUAUCUGAGUGCGAUAGAUUAGAGCAAGUCUUUGAUUUUCCCCAGGAAAUGGGUGAGCUUCAGGUACAGCCACUCUCUAAUUUAAAUUCUUUGGAGCUAGAGUUAUUGCCAGAACUGAAGUGGAUAUGGAAAGGGCCCACCCAUCUUGUUGAACUCCGAAGUCUUAAGACUAUGAGAAUAAGGAAGUGUUUGAAGCUGGCAUAUCUCUUUCCAACUCCCCUUGCUCAAAGUUUGUUGCAUCUGCAACAACUCUCUGUACAAUUUUGUCAAGGAUUAGAGCAAAUCUUCGAUUUUCCUCAAGAAAUGGGUGAGCUUGAGGUACUGCCACUCUCUAAUUUAACUUCUUUGGAGUUAAAGUCAUUGCCAGAACUGAAGUGGAUAUUGAAAGGGCCAACCCAUCUUGUUAAACUCCAAAGUCUUAAGACUAUGAGGAUACAGAAGUGUUUGAAACUGGUUUAUUUCUUUCCAACUCUCCUUGCUCAAAGUUUGGUGCAUUUGGAAGUACUCGAAAUAAGCCAUUGCAACUCUUUGGAACAUGUAAUUUUCGGAGAAGCAGAAAAUGAGGAUGAGAUAGUUUCAAACAUGGAUGGCUAUCCUCUCUGCUGGCCUAAGUUGAGAACGCUCCAAAUAAUUAACUGCAAAAGACUGAAAUAUGUGUUUCCAAUAACUUUGGCUCAAGGACUUCCGUAUUUGGAAUCUAUUGAGAUAACUUAUUGUUCCCAACUAAAGCAUGUUUUCGACGUGACAAAGGACAAGGGUGGACGUCCACCACAAGACAUAGUGCCACAGAGAUUAAAAAUUUUAAGACUUAAAAAUUUAGAAAAGUUGAACAGUUUUUGUCCAGGAAAUUUUGUCAGGUCACUAUCUUUGGAGGAGUUCAAAGUUCGCAAUUGUCCCCAAUUGACCGAGCUUAAGGUGUUGCAGGCCCAUUUAAAGGUACCGUCACUCUCUAAUUUAACUUCUUUGGAGUUAAAGUCAUUACUAGAACUAAAGUGGAUAUGGAAAGGGCCCACCCAUCUUGUUAAACUUGAAAAUCUUAAGACUAUGAGAAUAGAGAAGUGUUUGAAAAUGGCAUAUCUCUUUCCAUCUCCCCUUGCUCAAAGUUUGGUGCAUCUGGAAGUACUCGAAAUAAGACAUUGCGACUCUUUGGAACACGUAAUCUUCGAAGAAGCAGAAAGUGAGGAUGAGAUUGUUUCAAACUUGGAUGGUCAUCCUCUUUGUUGGCCUAAGUUGAGAAUUCUCAAGAUAAUUAAUUGUCAAAGACUGAAAUAUGUGUUUCCAAUCACUUUGGCUCAAGGACUUCCGUAUUUGGAAUCUGUUGAGAUAACUGAUUGUUCUCAACUAAAGCAGGUCUUCAACAUGACAAAGGACAAGGGUGGAGAUCCACCACAAGACAUUGUGCUACAAAGAUUACAAAUUUUAAGACUUAAAAAUUUAAAACAGUUGAGCAGUUUUUGUCCAGCAAAUUUUAUCGUGUCACUAUCUUUGAAGGAGGUCAAAAUUAGCAAUUGUCUCCCAUGGACUAACCAAGGAGUUGAGAUAUUGCAAUCUCAUUUAGAGGAUGUUCCAUUAUAUGUUUUAAAGGAAUUGUUAUGCAAUGCCAAAAAGCUUACUAUGGAUGGAAUCAUGUAUCCCAAAAAUCUCAUUCCAGACGUAGAUCCAGAGGAGCUAAAUGAAUUAACUUUUCUUGCACUUAAACAUGGCAAGGAGUUGGAAUGCUUGAUUGAUACAACAGAUCAAGGCUAUGACUCAGCCGGUGCCUUCUUCAAUUUGAUGGAAUUAGUCAUAAAACAAAUGACUGGUUUGAAAACGUUGUGCAACGGUCCAUUUCCAAAGGGCUUUCUACAAAAUCUCAAGAAAGUGAGAGUUGUUGAUCGUGGUCAGUUGCAAGAAGUAUUUCAAACAGACGAGCUUCUUCAUGAUAUGGAAGAAAAUCAAGCACCACUGCUGUCAAAUUUAACAAGUUUGGAGCUGAAAUCGUUGCCAGAAUUGAAGUGGAUAUGGAAAGGGCCAAGCCAGUAUGUCUGCCUCCAAAGCCUCAAGGUUGCAGAAAUUAUUUGCUGCAAUAGAUUGAAAUAUCUCUUCUCACCAUCUCUUGCUCAAAGCUUGGUGAUGCUAGAACAACUCAAGAUAGAAUACUGCCGUGAACUGGAAUACAUAGCCACAGAAUUGGAAAGUGAUGAUAAUAUAAUCAGACGGUGGCCUUCUCCAUCCUCUGCUCUUGCGAAAAUUGACAUCUCUUGAAAUACAUGCUUGUCCAAAACUAGAAUAUGUUUUUCAAAUUCCGUUGGCUCAAGUUUUACCACAGUUGACAUCAGUUUCAAUAACUAAUUCUCCUCAGUUAAAACAUGUCUUCAAUGUGGCAAAAGAAAAGAAUGGAGUUGAUCAUGCCAUUGUGCUCCCUCACCUCCAACAUCUACAACUAAAGAACUUGAUAAAUUUGAGUAGCUUCUUCUCAGAAAACUAUCCCAUCAAGUCACCAUCCUUGGAGAAGUUAAUCAUUCUGGUCUGUCCUCGAUUUGCAAAUUUCAUCAUUCAACAAGUAGUCCACAAACAGCUUCAACUAAAGAUAUUACGAUUUUCUGAGUUGGAACAAGACAACAUGUGCGACACUAUUAAUUGGGAGAAAAUAUUUCAAAUUCAAGGGGGACACUUGCUCUCAAAGAUAGAGAUUUUAAAUCUAAAUGGCAUAUAUCAGUUGCACGGUCCCCUCCAAAUUGCAAGCCUUAUCUUAAACGCUUAAACGUGUCAAAAGGUAAUGGCUGAAAUGUCUCUUCUCUUGUAUGCUUGCUCGAAAUUUACCGCAAUUGAAAUUUUUGGAUAUAGAGUAUUGUGAGGAGUUGGAAGAAAUCAUUGAAAUGGACCAAACUUCAAUAGCAUCAUCAUCACAGGGUCAUCUCCAACCUAUAUCCUUCCCUAGUCUUGAAUUUAUAACUAUUUUUGGGUGCACCAAUUUGAAAAGCUUGUUUCCCAUUAGUGUCACUCGUUCUCUUUCAAACCUCCGGUACAUCUACAUCAAAGGGGCUUCUAAACUAGAGCAACUCUUUGGGUAUCAAGGUGAACUAAACAUUGAAGAUGAUCAAAAGGGAAUAGUGCUCCCUAAAUUACAAGGAUUGAGUCUUCAUGAGCUAUCAAGCCUAAAGAGUUUUGCUCCAAUGGGCUGUCAUUUUCGAUUCCCUUCUUUGUUUCAUUUUCACAUAACCAAAUCUCCCAAGUUGACAACAAGUGUCAUCAUGGAUUCAAAAAGAUCUUGUGCCUGCCAUAGCAGAGGUACCUAACUGCCUUUUUUUCUAACUAUUAUGCUUAAUUAAUUAAUUUGUUGUUCUUGAUCAUAUUGAUACUAAUGAUGAACCGAUGAUGGAAACAAAAGUUAUGUUAGUAUAUAACUACAUAUUUUUGUGAAUUGGAUGACUCUUUUACAUACACACAAGUCAUAUGCAUAAUUAAUUAAUUAAUUAAUUACUUCUACCAUAAAUUACUUAA